AAUGUGAUCGGCGAGCGAAGCUAAGGAGUGGCAAACUUCCUUUCUUAUCUUUCGAACUGAUUCUUCCUGUGGCCAACUGGGAGGCUGCUGCUAUCAGGUGGACGGACACCCACAGAGCUAGAUGGGAAUAGACAGUGAAUCAAAGAGGAAGCCAGGAGGGAUCGAGUGGUCUACGUACCUACGAAUUUUUUCAACGAAACCUCACGAAAAAAUAAAACUAUAAAACAUGUGGUGGAAAUAUGCAUCAGUGAUGGUGGUGGUGGCAAUACUGGGGAUUGCAUUAGAAAAUAUGACCAAUGCCGCUGAGCUGUACAGACCUGAAGCUCCUCCACAGCAGGUAUACGACUACCGUUGCCAGUCUUCGGAAAACGACCCAGACGCCGACUGCAUCUUCGGAGUUGCUGGACAGGACUACCCAACUCUCCACUCUGUUCCCAGCACCAAGUUCACCUGUCAGCCGCUGUUGCCUGGAAUUUACGCUGACCCUGAUGCUGCUUGUCAGGUGUACCACAUGUGCCUGCACGAUGGUAAGGUCCACUCCUUCCUAUGCCCCAACGGUACAGUGUUCAACCAGGAGUACUUUAUCUGUGACCUCUGGUUCAACGUGGAUUGCAACCGAGCUGUUUCAUUCUAUUCGCUGAACGAAAAUAUUUAUAAGGAUCCCGAACCCUCGGACUCUCACAUUAGCUACGCCUAAAGCGAAAGGCAUUACUAGUGUUUCUCUCUCUCUCUCUCUCUCGUAAAUCUUUUUUUUCGGAUGAUCUACACUUGAUUUUCGUUCGUCUUUGCUUCUCUCGAGAGUAAAUUUAAUAUAUAUUUACGACUAAAAUUUCUUUGAAUAUUCCGCUAUGUUGCUCUUAAGCUAAUGAGAAGCAAGAACAAAUCUUUGUCAAAUGUUGCUAUCUUUUCUUAGGUUUUGUGAAAGAUUUUUUAACCAUGUACUUUCUUUAAAGAAUACUUAUAUUCUUCUUAGCUUUUGUAUACCCAUAUUACUUAUAAUUUUACGAUACAGAAAGAAGCAGGGCGUCUUUUCCUAAUUAUUACGACAGCAUGUAAUGAAUGGUAAAAUUCAUGUCAACACAAUUUCACAAACGUGCAAGUGCAUAUCUGGAAAGGAUAAUUCCUGAAAUGCAGAUAUAUCUCGCUUUCAACGUCGUCUCCCGUUCCUGAAACAGUAAGUGAUACUUUCGUGCAGUACAACAUCGAUAGCAAGUAUAUAUAUAUAUAUAUAUAUAUAUAUAUAUAUAUAUAUAUAUAUAUAGAUAUAUAUAUAUAUAUAUAUAUAUGAGCUCGUCUGCAGGACGUCCUUUCAAAACUGGCUUAGCGACGUUGACCGAAAAACGAUUGAGCUUUCUCAGUGAUUUGUCAUUUCAUUUUCUCUCUUGAAAUCGGUAGGUGGGUACUUUCUGAAUUCAAACCUGUUGUUUUGAUCUCACGAGUGUUUAUUGGCUUUAAGUAACUCAAUAAGAGACGCCGUUGUUUACGUGUACCCGUUACACUUUAACAGCAAAUUUCAUAACUUUGGUGUUUGGCUUUGAUCAAAUCUGCAACUUAGUCGUUAUGUGU